UGGCUCUGUCAUCACAAGUGCGCGCCGCAGCCGCCGCUAGCCGGGGAAGCGGUGUUAUGGCGAGCUCAGCAUCCGCUGUGCGACCCCCGAGGCCCAAGAAAGAGCCGCAAGCACUCGUCAUACCUAAGAAUGCGGCCGAGGAGCAGAAGCUCAAGCUGGAGCGGCUCAUGAAGAACCCGGACAAAGCAGUUCCAAUUCCAGAAAAAAUGAGUGAAUGGGCACCUCGACCUCCCCCAGAAUUUGUCCGAGAUGUAAUGGGUUCAAGCGCUGGGGCUGGCAGCGGAGAAUUCCACGUGUAUAGGCAUCUGCGCCGGAGAGAGUACCAGCGACAGGACUACAUGGAUGCCAUGGCUGAGAAGCAAAAAUUGGAUGCAGAGUUUCAGAAGAGACUGGAAAGGAAUAAAACCACUGCAGAGGAGCAGACUGCAAAGCGUCGGAAAAAACGGUACAGGCUUUGUGGCAUCCCAUAA